AUUUGUCUUCCCCACCCUUCUCAUUCAAAAAAAGAACAAAGCAUGGCAAGCUCGGUACUCGCCGCAGCCGCGUUUUGCGAAAAUACCCUUUUUGUCCAAUAUUCGAGUGAUUCCCGCUAUCUCGGUCCAAUUCUCGCUUUAUAUCAACAACAAACCUAUCCCAAUCCUAGUUCAAGCAGUAGUAGUGUCACUGGCAGUGGAGCUCUCUCCGACGAUGAUGAGCCACUGAACACCCGCAAUGGCACCAGCACUCUGACUUACAUUCCACAAAUAGUCCAAGGCAAUAUCAACAUCGGCAGCAACCUCAAUCCACCAGUCAGCAUGGUCGCUACCACCUCCUUCGAACCUUCAGGCCUUGGCGGUCGUCGGCACGACCUUCUCAUAGGGCCCAAUCAGGCUGCAGCAACGACUAGCAUAUUCCGCUUAUCAUCGCAGUCGCAAUAUCCUUCCUCCGUUUGGUCCUCUGCAACUGAAGGUCCUAGUUCGGUGCUCACCAUGGCCACAUCGAGACUCUGGAUGGCCUCCGGCUCAAGUGACCAGAAGCGUUCGUCACCAGAAGGCACUGCAAUUUACCAGUUAUUUGCAAACCAGACCUCAAACGCGUACCAAUUGCAGAAAGUAGAUAUGUCCAAGACGGACAUGGCAUCGAGACCCCUGAGCACGCUGGUCUGGACACGACCUAUAAAUUCGAUUGAUACGAUAUUGAGCUCAAAGGUGUUGAGAUUUCUGGAUGGUGGAUACUACGACGGCGUGGUUAUCGGGCAGUGCGUGGGAGCGGCACAGGGAACCUGCUUAGUAUUUUAUAACGAUGACACGGUGAACGAGGCCCGACUCCACAUCAUGGACUUGGCAACCAGUGGUCCUUGCCCAACCUUUACACAGCAACGGGGGCCCUGA